AUACUUGGGAAGUGCCAUUUGAGGAAAUCUCAGAGCUGCAGUGGCUUGGUAGUGGAGCCCAAGGAGCUGUCUUCCUGGGCAAAUUCCGAGCAGAGGAGGUAGCCAUCAAGAAGGUGAGAGAACAAAAUGAGACGGACAUCAAGCACCUGAGGAAGCUGAAGCACCCUAACAUCAUCGCCUUCAAGGGUGUUUGCACUCAGGCCCCGUGCUACUGCAUCAUCAUGGAGUACUGUGCCCACGGGCAGCUGUACGAGGUCCUGAGAGCUGGCAGGAAGAUUACACCGCGGCUGCUGGUGGACUGGUCCACAGGGAUCGCCAGUGGGAUGAAUUACCUCCAUCUCCAUAAAAUUAUACAUCGGGACCUCAAGUCACCCAAUUUCAUUGACAGGCACGCUCUGGAUAUUCGAGAGCACUAUGAGAGAAAGCUCGAACGGGCUAACAAUCUGUACAUGGAACUGAGCGCCAUCAUGCUGCAGCUGGAGAUGCGGGAGAAGGAACUCCUUAAGCGAGAGCAAGCAGUGGAAAAGAAGUAUCCUGGCACCUACAAACGACAUCCUGUCCGACCAAUCAUCCACCCAAAUGCCAUGGAGAAGCUCAUGAAAAGGAAGGGUGUGCCUCACAAGGCUGGGGUGCAGACUAAGCGGCCAGACCUCUUGCGAUCCGAAGGCAUCCCUAGUACAGAAGCGGUUCCCACUGCAUCCCCUCUGUCUGGAAGUCCCAAAAUGUCCACCGCAAGCAGCAGGAGCCGGUACCGAAGCAAACCACGUCACCGCCGAGGGAACAGUAGAGGCAGCCACAGCGACUUCGCAGCAAUCUUGAAAACUCAGCCCACCCAGGAAAAUUCACCCCACCCCACCUACCUACACCACACUCAGGCUCAGUGUGCUUCUGUCCAUCAACAUAAUCCUCUCCAGCAGCAAUACCAGCAACCCCCUCCUACCCUGCCUCAGAGCCGCCAUCCCAGACUCAAUGCGCAUGGGCAGGACAUUGCAACCUGCGCCAAUAACCUGAGGUACUUUGGCCCAGCAGCAGCCCUACGGAGUCCACUCAGCAACCAUGCUCAAAGACAGAUGCCUGGCUCUAGCCCCGACCUCAUCUCCACAGCCAUGGCAGCAGAUUGCUGGAGAAAUUCUGAACUUGACCAAGACCAAGUUGGACCCUGGGGUUGCUGUCAGGCUGAACCCUAUGAUCCCUGUUUCCAGUGCAGGCCAGAACAUUCUGGGUCUUUAGAGCUUCCCACUACUGAGCCAGUGGGGAGGAGCCCAGACCGGUCCAGUUCACCAGCGCACACUCCUCUUUCAGGAAAUGCCCAAGGCUCUGAGAGAACGGAGGCAAACGGAUUCAAUGGCUGUCAGUCUGGUAUUUCUCAUCAAUUCACACCCCCAAUGCUACCUCAAAAGACACGGCCCCUUCAGAAGAGUGGAGAUGACUCCUCAGAAGAGGAAGGAGAAGUGGACAGUGAAGUAGAAUUUCCCCGACGACAGAGGCCUCACCGCUGCAUUAGCAGUUACCAGUCAUACUCAACAUUUAGCUCCGAGAACUUCUCUGUGUCUGAUGGAGAGGAGGGCAACACUAGUGACCACUCGAACAGUCCCGAUGAAUCAGCCGACAGACGGCAGGACCACCUGGCAGAGGCCCUGGACGACCUGCUGUCCCAGACACCCGAGGCCCCCAUCGAGAUCUCCUCCCACUCAGAUGGGCUGUCUGACAAGGAGUGUGCUGUUCGGCGCGUGAAGACACAGAUGUCCCUGGGCAAGCUGUGUGCCGAGGAGCGCGGCUACGAGAAUCCUGUGCAGUUUGGAGACUCAGACUGUGACUCUUCAGAGGGCGAGUGUUCCGACGCCACAGUUAGGACCAGCAAGAACUACAGCUCUGCCACCUGGUGACAAGGGCUCUCCAUCAGGUCUUAAGACUGGCAAUCUCCUCUCCAGCAAUAGACUCCUCCCUCCUUCAUCUGUCUGGGAGGAGUGGCCCAGUCCCAGAAACAAGCCACAGUGACAGGAACAUGAGACUUGUCAACUCUCUGGGAAAUACCCAAAUGAAACUACGUCUCACUGAGCAUUUCAAUCAAGAAUGGCAGGGAUCUAUUGUACUGAAUUCUCCAGCUACUGUAACAUUGAUAUUUAUUUUUGUUGGACAUUUUAACACUUUGUAUUGUAAAGAGUGAACUAUAUAUGAUACAGACACAAUAAUUUCUUUACAAAAAAAUUAAGGAAAUGUUGCUCUUAGGAGCAACAUUUGGAAUUUGUGGGUCCAGGUGUCACUGUCACUUGAACAUGGGACCGGAUCUUUCAUCCAUGUUGAAGAGUUGUAAGGGGACAUGUUAAACAUUGAAAACACAAGCCAAAGGAUCACAGCCACAUUAAGGUCAAUUGGCUUGUCCAUUCGAAGGAUGGAAACGACCUGGAGGUUGAGUGAUCUCAUAGCACCACUGCCGUGGAAGGCAUGUGCUUCCUGUAGGAGGAAAGAGCACACAGAGCUAUAAGUGCACAUCUGGAAGCCAUUUUGUUUCUUGAGCGUUAAGCAGAUCCCGGCAGUAAGAGCUUCAGCAGCAUCAGGUCCUGCCCUCAGCACAUGCUUCCCCUUCAGUGCCGCCAUUUUCAUGCCCCUGAUCAGCGUGUUCUUCCAGCAGUGCCAUUUCUCCCAGGUAGCUUCCUUUCUUUCCACCUGUUGGCCACUUCUUUUAGGAAGGGGAAAGGGUCCUGAAGGAGAUAAAGGGGUGAGUGAGAAAGCAUCUGUGACAUUAGAGAAACUAGCCUGUAAAAAUUCCUUCUGGAGAUGCCUCUAUUCUGAUAUAUAAGCAAGACAGUGCAACCCCUCUCUGACCCAGGUUGUCUACCUCCCGGAAUCACACAGAAGGCAGCUAGGAUGUGUGUAUCCAGUGUCCAAUCCCAAACCAUCUUUAUUUUGUUCAUGAUCUCAUUUUAGCUUGGAAGCUUUGGUGGCUGUCUAUCAAUCACUGUAGCAUAAAAGGCUAAAUUAGCAGCUCAUAGAAGGUGACGCCCCUCACCGCAUUUUUGUUAAAUGCUAUCUGUAAAAUAUGGUAGGUUUGUUUUAUUUGUUUGUUUUCAUUCUGAAUCACUGCGGUUUUGUUUAAUUGGGUUAGGAAAUUUGUAGAAGGAACAGCUGAUGCUAGACAGGAAUUAGAAUUACUUUAGUUUCUCAAAAGCAUGUGAAUCUUCCUGUGUCUAGGGUCCUGGGCUAUGAAAGGUACCCCGAGGUGCUUUGUGGAGCCUUGGCUUGAAGCAGGAAAUGUCUCAUAGUCCCCUGGGGGCUGGGUCACAGGUGGGCACCACCAUGCCUGGCUUAAAGAUGUUUCAUCCAGAAUUUAUAUACACACACAUUGGCCUGAUUCCUGUCUCAGUGCAGGCUUCUGCCAAGCAUUGCCCUGCAUUCUGAUGUUGCAUCCUGUAAGGAUGUUAGGUAUUAAGACAUUCCAGCCCCAAUGGAAACAGUGCCCCUGGGCCGGGUGUCACUCACUGACUGCAUCAGCCAAAAUGACGUGCAGGAGGGACUCAGAGCCAGUCUUACGUUGGACCCCUCCUUUGUUUACACUUUAUGUUGAGACAUUGAUUUUAAAACUUAAUCUAUAAUUUUCGCUCAUUGGAAAGAUGAAGGAACAUGUACUUAGAAAGCAGUAUUGUUUUGUUAAAUUAUUCCGUUUUGUAUGAACCGUAGCAGGGCUACACAAGAGCUUAAGUUAUGGCAUUGUUAUCCUUGUGUUUACUUUAUGCCGUCAUCAUUUUCUGUUGACCAGAAGGUGUGGCUUAUGAUGUAGCACAAUGACUGUUUACUGCUAACCGUGAAUUAUUGUGGACUUUGUGGUCCUAAGUGAAGGCUGGGGAUGGAGCUGCCCUUUGGCACUCCCAGCAUUCCUCAGUGUUUUCCCUGGUCUCCUGAAUACUGCAGCAAUGGCCUGAGGAGGUGGGCUCUGCCCUGACACCCAACGAGUACACUGUGAUUUUUUUUUUUACUUGAUUGUAAAAGCUCCUGAAUAUGACCAAGUGAUCAACAAGUAGUUCAAAGGCUUCAAAAGUUACAAACUUUCUAAAGUGUCUUAGAAUAAAAUCAUGGGACUGUAAGAACAGCAAAAAAAGAUUGAAUGGUCAGACGGCAAGACAAAACAUCUCUUUGAGGACUCAUGAGGUAGUUUCAAGAGUGGACAGAGAACUGGUCACCAUCUCCUUCCUACUGAGUCCCACAGAGAGACUAGAAGAGACAUGUACAACACCAGCAGGAUAUGCUUCUGUGACUGCCUCAGGUCCCAUUCCUUAGAAUUAAGACUCUUCCAGUCCCACACAAAGCAGGAGCAGCUGUCUGUCCUGUGCACACUGUUAGUGACAACAGUGAGCUCUGAAGAGCAGCUUCUGCCUGCACCAUUCAGUGUCCUCCCAGAAAACCCACCCAGUACCUCAGCCUUCAUCAGCAUUCUGCGUUCCCACCCUGCCUGUGUGGCACACUAAGGCCGCCUUAACUGGAUUCACCGUUACGGGAUGCCAUGAUAUGCCAGGGAUGUGGUAUUUGAGUCCAUUCACUGUAUCGUCCAGAUGGGAGUGAAGUCCACACUUCUGUAGUAGAGUUAAUGAGGUUUCAGAAAAAAAAAAAUGGUUCUAAACAAGGUUUAAAGGGAAGAACAGUUCUACCCCACCUGCCAUGUAGGAGACAGGAAAUACAAACUGUGUUUCCUUAAAACAUUAUCGUCAUCCGAAGAACCUCGAGUGGAGAGAUCAGGGAACGUAAGAGCCAAUUCUUCAGUGCUGUUAGAUGCCGCCAUGCUUUGGUGCUUUGAGAAUCCUUGCCAGACCAAUUUGAAGCUUCAGCACUUACUGUGAGAUGGAUGGCUCGUUCUUUGGCCGGCUGUUUUUGACUGACUACUAAGAUGAGUUUCAUUUUGUAUUGCAAUCAAGCACUGGAUCUUUCUCUUUUUCCUAGAUCAUGUCCCUAAGUAAAAAUUGCUCUUAAAAUAAUAGCCUAGCACAGUAAUGGAGAAGCCUGCGUGCACUUUAAAACAUUCCCCACCACCACUAAGUUCAGAGCUUGCUGCAGGACUGGGGGCAUUCUGCCCAGGACAAUGAAGAUGAUGGUUUAAGGUGACUUAUGUGGCAUGCUUGAAGACUGAGUAGUUUAAGCCUUUAGUUCCACCAAGUUAAUCCUGGAAUUAAAGUCAUUUUGAGUCAGUACUGUCUAGUGAUUAUUCAGGGCCAUUUUGUUAAAUUGUUCCCCUAACCUGCUCUGAGUGAUGGAAGCAAUGGCACUGGAGUUCCUUGUUACUAACGGAGGCUUGUCAGUGCUUCCCACAAGGUAGCCCUGACAUCUUCCCCAUGUUCCCCCACAAGGUAGCCCUGACAUCUUCCCCAUGUACCCCACAAGGUAGCCCUGAAAUCUUCCCCAUGUUCCCCCACAAGGUAGCCUGACAUCUUCCCCAUGUUCCCCACAAGGUAGCCCUGACAUCGUCCCUGUGCUCCCCACGAGGUAGCCCUGACAUCUUCUGUGAGAAUGUGUUCCAGUUGAUCCAGUGGUUUACUUUUUUUCUUAUGCCCUUAUGUCUCAAAUGUUUUUAAUUAUAUAUUUUUUAAUUCUUUGAGAAUUUCAUACAUGUAAGCACUGUGCUAUGAUCAUAUUCACUCCAUAACCCGCUAUAUACCACCUAAGCCAGCCUCCUCUCAACUUCAGGCUUUUGGAUUGUUGUUUUGGUAAUUCACCAAGUCCAGCUAGUGCCACCCAGACAUGUGUGUGGCCGUCCACUGGAGCAAGGGACACUAACAGCAGACCACGUCCACAAAGGUGUGAUUUUCCCUCCCCCAAUAGCUGUCAACUGCCAAUAACUCUGCAAUAAAGAAAGUACCAGAGAUUUCCUUCCCACAUCAAAUUCUCUUUUUAAGACAUUCCUAGCUGGGUGUGGUGGCACAUACCUUUAAUCCUAGCUCUGGGAGAGGCAGAGAGGCAGACUCUGUGACUUCAAGGCUAGCCUGGUCUACAUACAAGCCAGGCAGAGUGACUUGGUGAGACUCUGUCUCAAAAAUUAAUAAUAAUAAUAAUAUCUAAGGGAUUCCUGCCCCGCCCCACAUAUACUAUGUUUAUUUCUUGAAACCAAACUACCAUAUUUCACCAUGCUGCACCUCUACCCUAAACGCUGUGGUCUGCGUAUGCGCGCCCUCUUGCUCCCUGCUGAUCCCUGCUACAGCCUCAGAGCAGGGCAUCACUCACACCUUGCUGGAAUUGGUGUACAAAGUCUGUAUUGACCAUUUGCGAUCUUGAGUCCCCUGAUGGGCAAGUACAGGGCCACGCCAAGGGUCUCCUUAUGGAUCUCCAAGGGGACCCAGCAGGGUGUGCCAUGACAGGCGAAGGGCCACUUGCCACCAAUCCCAUCUCUACCCACACUGAACUGUACCGAUGAGCACACUCUUCCUGUCUGAACAGAAGGUUCAGGUGUGCCAUCCGUUACUUGUUUCCUCCCGAGACGAUGUGAAAAAUGAUGUGAUAUUUUUAUCAAGACUUUUCUUCAACUGUCAGUGUGGACUCAGUACCUUUCCAGGCAGCAAGCUUUUCUUUGCUGAUGCCAUAGAACAAAUGUCCCAAUCUGUUCACCUCCCUCUAGACUGGCCCACUGGAUCCAUAAAUUUGCUUAUCUGCUUGGCUCAAUUGGUACAGCAAAAGCCCGUUUAAACAAGAAUGAGCUGAACUAGGCUGCUAAGUGGAAGACCCGGUGGAACCUAGGACAUUUCUCAGGGACAGUGGCUAAAGAGGGUAGCUCUCAAAAACAGAACUAGGUGAGGCUUUGAGCAAUAUCACAUAGCAACGGAGUGAUGGAAGGAUUUCAGCCAGUGCCACACCCACAGAUGGCAAGGCCACUGUAAGGAAGCUUCCAGGAGAACCACAGCCCUGCUUCCCAGGGCCACUGUACAGCACUAGGGGUGGAUCAGCGGCAUCUGGCCCUAUGCUGCUCUCUGGUGAUCAUGGCUCUCCCAUGGCUACAAGCUAGAGGGCGCAGCCACAUGUGAGGGGUGGGGUGGCCACAUCUAGAGCUCCACUUCCCAGAGGAUGGGGAAACCCUUUGAGUCUUUUUUUUUUUUAUUGUAUGUAUAUGUCUGCCUUCUCUUUCGCCUGUCUCUCUCCCAUCUAUCUCUCCUCUCUCUCUCUCUCUCUCUCUCUCUCUCUCUCUCUCUCUCUCUCUCAAUAAUGUGAGUUCCUACUGAUUGAGAGCAAACAAAUUUCUUUCUAAUAUUUAAGUCUCAGAAUGAACCCCCGAGUCUCUCUCCCGUGGCCUCAGCUCCCGGGCCCCCCCCACCCCACUCCAUGUCCUUUUCAGAUAUCGGCUCUGGCUUUGUACUGAACAGCAAUGGGAACAAGAAUGAUUAUGAAAACAAACCAAUGCAUGAAAUUAAACAAAAAGUAUACCUUA